GGGCGGUGACGACCCGCCCUCCACGCGGGCUGCAGCCAAUCGGCGUGGGGCGGGGUGGCUGCGCGCGCCGCUCGGCGGCCGCCAUCUUGUGGUAGGGCAGAGGCGAAGGGCAGAGCGCGGCACCGGCUGAGGCUGAGGACAAGCAGCCAUGGCUGGCCAUGACUCGGGAUCUCAACACCAGUUCACCGGAUUUCAGAAGUACUUUAAUUCCUAUACCAUCAUAGGCAGGAGGAAUUAUGUAAUAGCAACGUACACAGCUGUUGCACUCAUCGCCCUGUAUUUCAAGUUUAGGCCUAAGAAGCAAACUCCUGCUGUGGCAGAUAAGUAAAUGGUUGCUGGCAUGUCUGAACCUUGUCUGAACCUCCGAUCUGUGUCAAUGUAACGCAAGCUGAUGGCCUGUUGUGCUAAUAAAAUAUAAAUAAUUACUUGUUUUAUUGGAAAUAUGAAAUGGUGCAAAAAAGCUCAUGUGUGGCACUUCUCCUUUUUUUCUUCUGUCAAAAAUAAUUAUUUGUAGAGGAGAUGGAGCAGCUGAUCCCCAUCAUUACUAUUUAGGAUGUGUUUCAACAGCAGCAAAGUUAAAGUGUUCUGAGCUCCCAGCACUAACAUAGGAAGUGUUCAAGGGCUUUUUUUUUUUCCUUAAAGGCAUUUGUACGUGCUGGCCCUGCGGAACAAAUAGAAGUUAUUUUCCUCUCCUAUGAGCAUGUUUGCUGCACAGAUGGCUUCGGCUGUAUUCCGUUUUCAGGCUGAAUAAUGGUGGUUGUACAGUGUAAUAAAGUAGCUAGAACCUGUCACCCACCUUUAGAACAAGAUUUACAUGAAAUGGCUACUCAUCAACUUAACUAUUUCUGAUUACUUUGUUUCUCUUAGCAGAGUGCUCACAGUUACAGGCACCGCUCUUGCCUCCCCUUGCAGCCAUCAAGGGAAGAAAGUAUCUUCUUGUAACAUAUAGGCACAAACUAUGUGGAUUUAGUAUUUAUUAUAAUAUCAAAAGUAUAAAACUGUACAAAAUACAAAGGCAGAAUGUGGCAGUGUUUUCUUUAAGCUGUCAAAAAAUUGUACUUAAAUCUAUCUGGUCAUACUGAGAGCUAGGACAUUUUGAGGUACCAUUACACAAAUAAAAAAAUUCAUAAUUUAGUUUUAACCUUUUUUCUUUAAAGGAAAUUUCUAGGUGAGCUUUCUAGUGACUUUUCCACACUUUAUUUUGAUGCAUAAUGCCUGCAGAAUAACUUUACUCCAAGAGUUAGAGCCAGACAAGAGAUGAGAGGGGAGGUAGUUCUCCAUUUACUCGGCCUUAGAAAUGACACAUCUUGUUUUUAUUUUCACUAGAGAGCCAGCAGAGUGUUUAAGUGCUCAAGCCCUUCCUGGGAAGUGAUAAGGAACACAACAGAUUUCCCUGCAUACAUCUUGUAAGAGACUGAAAAUGGAACAAACCCACACCACACUGGGCCUGGCCUUUAGUGAUGACAGUUUCUGUCUGAAAUCAGACCUUAGUCUCAAUGUUCUGCAUGUUUCACUCUUCUUUUAGAAAUAAAGAAAUAAACCACUGAUCUUUACUGGUUGCUCAGGAGGACUCACUGUGGUACAAUGCUUUUGUGGGUGGAAACCAUCACUUCAGCAGACAAGCUGCCCUUUCAAAAGCAAACUGAUCAUACACUUAUCCUUUCACUCUGCUAUACUCCUUCAAUUUCUUAGCUUUCUUACAUUUUUUAUGUUAAAGCUUAUGCAGAAAGGACACAGGUUUUUUAAGUUCUUUUAGAUCUAAUACAAAGUAAAGGGUUUAAAUCCACUUUUUUAACAGUGGGUAUUUCAGUUGUGCCUCAGUCCCCUUUUUAUCUUCUCGUUCAAUAAAGCAUGAAAGUAAAGUUCA